AUGGCCUUUCUCAAACACCUCGUGUCGACGGCGUUUCUCUUGACGUGCACGAUGGUCAUGCUCGAAGCGUCGCCCGGUGAAGAAAUUUUCGGAAAGCUCUACUUGAGCAAGUCGCUGAGCCCGAUCAUUUACAGCACCUUUGCAGCGCUCAAUGCGCUUGCGAUUGCAUCGCUUCUCUACUCGAUGAAGCGAGCGACCAAGAAGGUCCAAGGACCCUCGGUCGUGCUGGUGCGUCCCACGCACUGGUCGCAGCGCUGGCUGCAGCACGACGCCACCCUCAUGGUCUUUCAAACGAUCGAGACAACGAUCCACGUGCUCCAAGCGUACCGUCUCAGCCUCUACUGCGUCGACAUUGCAGUCGCAUCGGCGUACGCGCUCGUCAUUAGCGCCGGGUGCCUCGGGAUCCCGUGGCUCUUUUUCUCGACGCGCUUCUUUGUGAAGACGACCCUCGUCCUCUUCCUCAACAGCUUUGUGAGCUUUGUCCUCGCCGUGGGCAUUUCCCAGGUCCAGUUUCUCAUGCCGAUUGCAAUGACCAUGUACAGCGACAAGCGCCAUGAGUACUCGCUGUCGUGGAUGACGCGCAACUUGCCACUGCUUCGCUUUCUCUUUCCGAGCUCGGCGGUGGAGCUUGGCGCCAACACGGUGCUUUUCGCGUCCAGCUGGAUCAACCUCCGGCGGCUCGUCAACCAUGUACGAUUGCGUCGACCGUUGUACGUGCGCUCGCCGAGGCUGAGGUCCCUGCGUCGCAGCUUGUCUGACUCGUUCGAAGCCAUUACGGACGUGCGCAAGUCGUUGGAGUUUCGCCACAGCCGCGCCAAACGUGGUUUUUUCUUGCUGCAAAUGGUGCUCGGCCUCGCGCUGCUCGGUAAUGUGGUGUACACGCAUGCGAUGCGGGUCGCGUGCCCUCUGGACUGCAUCCUCGAGACUGCGCCGUGGUUUGAGACCACAUGCUCGUGCCGGUACCUUCGUCUCAACUGCAUCGCGCUCCAAACACAGACGAUCACGAGUGCGCUCGUUUCACCGGAUAUCUGGGGACCCCACGUCUUUGUGCUGCAUAUCGUGCAGUGUCCGUUAACGCACGGUGUCGACGUCAGUCUCUUGACUCCGUUCCGCGACCUUACGGGACUUGUUCUUGAAGUCUCCAACCUCUCCGAGUGGCGCUUCAACGGCUCGAUGUGGCCGCCGUCGCUCUUGAGCUUGAAGAUUUGGUAUGCGAAUCUGACGACGCUUCCCGACGUCGUGUACACUCUGCCCCCCAACCUCCAAGUGCUGGAGCUGCAAGGUAAUCGCCUAGCGCACAUUCCGAGUGAUGUGUUGCCGCACUGGCAGUCCCUCUCGUCUCUUUCUUUAUCCGACGCGGCGCUGACGUUUCUACCCGAUGCAAUGGCGCAGCUCACAGCACUCGAGCGCCUCGACGUAUCGAGCAAUCGGCUGGGAGCGCUCCCAAGAGCGUGGAUCUCGACGCUGCCACGCCUCACCCACCUCGAGAUGGCCAACAACAACAUUUCGGUUCUCGGCAGCGAUUUGAUUACAGCACGGCCGCACUUGAUGCUCGAUCUGAGCAACAACCCCAUCGCAAGCGUACCAGCGACCGCCUUUACCGCUGUUCAGCGCCGACGACUGCUUCUGGAUGGCUCGCCAUUCUGCUUGAGCGAAAAGGCGGUGAUCGGGUGCGCACCUGUCUGCGCCGAGUCGUGCUCCAACUUUAGUUGGCAAGACAACGUGUGCCAACGAGGCUGCAACAAACCCACGUGUUGCCGUGGUGACGGCGGCGACUGUGCCCAUCUCUUUCCGUAG